UCAAGGGAAUUAACGAUGACAUGGUGGUCGAUGAUGUUUAUGAUUCCAAGUGGAAAGUGUGGUGAAAUUUACUACCUCGACAACCAAACUUCUGAGUACCUGAGUUCAGACAUAGCACAUUUUGAGCAUUAUCAACCGUGGGACGCUAAUACCACUGUUGUGGAAGGGAAAACUCAAAUUGUGUUUUAUUCCUUGGUUCAGGGUUCUAUGCUCAUUCUGGAUGCAUCUACUGGUGAAAUAGUGAAAGAAGGAUAUCCCGAUCAUCACUUUGCUUUGAGGGGUGAGCGAGAUAGUCUUCCCCCAGGUAUCCACGGAUCCUUUAUACCAUUGAGCCUUGCUGCCGGUUCUUCACAUGCAGUGUUCCACGACAGUACAUUCUAUUACUUCACCUAUGAACUAAGGCUGUACGGAUAUGAUGUGCAUCAACGGAGAUGGCUCCUAUCUGAAUGCCUUGGAGAUAAAUAUCCCCAACUCAAACCCAAUACUGUCCGUACAGAUCCUGAUUUCCCCCUUUUGGUUGGCCUCCCAAAUGGAAAAUUAUUGGUGCUUAUUUUUCAUGAACGUGGAGUAUUUACAAUGGCCCCCCUCUCCGUCCGCAAAAAUGAUUCCUCUUUAGAUGUGGAGGUGGACGUGGAGCACAUUCAGUAUUUUCACCCUCAUGAUACCUCUUCCUAUCCCUAUCAGGGGAAGGCAAUGUGAGUUCUACCCUUUACU